AGUUAUAAGACUAGUUAACAAAAGACCUUUAAACCUUUUUAGGGGUUUAUUUACAGCACAAGCAGCCGCUGAGCAUCGGAAAAAUUUUCAUCUCCUCCAUUGUUUCUCUCUCAAAAGACAAGAAGAGGAAGAAAAGAUGAGCAGAUCAGGUCAGCCUCCAGAUCUCAAAAAGUAUAUGGACAAGCAGCUUCAAAUCAAGUUGAAUGCCAACCGCCAAGUUGUAGGGACUCUUCGUGGGUUCGAUCAGUUCAUGAAUUUGGUUAUCGACAAUACUGUUGAGGUCAAUGGAAACGAUAAGAAUGAGAUUGGCAUGGUGGUAAUUCGGGGUAAUAGCGUGGUGACAAUUGAAGCUCUGGAACCGGUUGCCAGACCACAGUAAUACGAACGAAGCUCUGAUUGUUCAAGGAUCUUUAUCUAUGUUCAAGAUAUUUACUACUCUUAUCGAACCUAAGUGAAAUUAUGUAUUGUACCUGAAUUAAACUAGCUUAUCUUUGAUUUCUCUGUUGAUUCUGAAAAUGAAAAGAUCAUCGAUAUCUCUGUUCAUCUUGA